AGACCCCAUCUUGAAUGAAUGAAUGGUGCCUUUCCCCAGACCUCCUUUGAAUUGAAAGAAAACAAGUCACUUGAUAAGUUACUUUAUGAACCAUGAAAACUGUGGAUACAGCCAUUUCCUGGGUGGCAUACCACCACUUCAAAUAUCACUUAUACGGAAUUUAGGGAAAAAUCUUUUCCCCUAAUAUCAGGAAGUUUAAAAAUAAGUAACCAGAUAAUCUGGGGCCAGGAGCAUUUAGUGGGAGAGUUAUCAGGCCCACCCAGUUCCCUGAGACAGAUGGAAAAAACUGACCCUUCUCUUCAUCAGUUCUUAUAGAUGUAAUUUCAAUAAAUAGGAAAGGAUAAUGCAAAACCCUUCCUUGUCCCUGUACACAUGGGGAAGAGUUGAACAAAACGCUAGGGGAAUUUGGCUCUGAAGUUCCCUGAAUAGCUUGAGAGCUCUCACUGGGGACCCAUCCCUGGGAGAAUCAACUUGCAGCCCCUUUGGGCAACCACCCCUGGAACCAUAACAGAAGGGGCAAGACCAAGCAAGUCCCUAUUGCCUUGAGUGAGUCCUUGGAGAAAGUGGUUACUGGGGUUACCACAGCCUGUGCCAUUCUUUACAGCCCAAAUGCCAUCCCUAGUUUUGCACCUAGAAGUAUAGCCAUUAAUUGUGUUCAUAGAUUUAGGGGUCCAUGUGCAGCUUUGUUACUUUAGGUAUAUUGUGUGAUGCUGACAUUUGGCAUAUGAAUGAUUCUGUCACCCGGGUAGUGAACAUAGUACCCAGUAGUCCCUAGUAGCUAGUAUUGCCGUCUUUAUGUCUAUAAGUAUCCACAGUUUAGCUCCCACUUGUAACAUGUGGUAUUUGGUUUUCCGUUCUUGCAUUAAUUUGCUUAGGAUAAUGGCCUCCAGCCGCAUCCAUGUCGCUGCAAAGGAUAUGAUUUUAUUCUUUUAUGGCUGUGCGAUUUUUCCCCCUAGCUCUUCUGGGAGCUACUCUCUUUAGGGCACCUUCACAUAUGUAGUACGUUUUUCUCCUGUUAAUCUGUCUAUUGUCCGUUGAUUCACAGGCCACUGACCAAUUGGACCUAAAUUGGUAGAGAAGUUUUUCUUCCCAACAGUUUAUAUAAAUUUAGUUUAUUAAUUUUAACUGCUGCAUAGUGUUCCAUUUAGAAUAGGUUGGAGGUUUUUGUUUGUUUUUGAGUUUCCUAUUAUAAACCAAAAAUAAAAUUCUGAUCUCCCCAACCACCUGAAUGAACCCCCUCAGCCAAGGGGAUCCCAAAAAAGCCUGAAAAAGUUCAGGCCAUGACAGGAAGAGAGGAGGAAGUUCUCACACCCUCCUUUCUUUGGAGUUUAGACCCAACUGACCAGCAUUAACAUUAAAACAGAGAUCUUAAGACCGACAAAACAGACUCUUUGUAGCAAUAAGAUCAAAUUCCAGCCCGACUCUGAUGUAACAUCUCAUGACAGACAGCAGGCCCGGAAGGAGAUCAAAGUAUUUUACCCCAAAAUAUAUUUCUUCGACAUAUUUUGAAUGGCCCUGCAAAGCUGUCCCUUGUGGGGGAAAUUUGCAUUUUUUUAGAGAAUCUCCUUCCUCUAACUAGGUUUUUCCAGAGUUUGACACUUUUUAGGUCAGAUAAGAGACUGUCACAUCUAUUAUCUCUGAAGCUUGUUCCUUGGAGGUUUCACCUACAUGACAAGAACCUUGGCUUCCAAAACAUUCCCCCCUUACCAUAACUCAAGCUGGCUUCAACUCUUCAGUCAGAGCUUAACUCUUUCAACCAAUUGCCAGUCAGGAAAUCUCUCAAUCCACCUGUGACCUAGAAACAGCCCCCAACUCCCACUUUGAGAUGUCCCCCUAUUCCAGGCCAAAACCAAUGUAUACCUUCCAUGUAUUGAUUUAUGUCUUUGCCCGUAACUUCUGUCUCCCUAAAACCAAGCCGCAAUCCAACCAUCUUGGGCACAUGUUCUCAGGACCUCCUGAGGCUGCAGCAUGGGCCACAGUCCUUAACCUUGGCAAAGUAAACGUCUUAAUCAAUUGAGACCUGUCUCAGAUACUUUUUGGUUUACACUAUCAAUGAGUGGGUUUUUAGGUUGUCUUCAAUUUUCCAUUGCAAACAAUGCUGCUGUGAACGUCCUUGAACAUGCCUCCCUGUUUACAUGUACAAAUAUAUCUUAGAAAACAGGAAUACUGUAUCAUGGGUUAUGUGCUUUUUUUUUUCGUUCUUUUUUUAUUGUAGACACUGUCAAAUAGACUUUAGAGUACUGAUAAAUGUUUAACAACCAGUCUUCCAAAAAGAGGAAGUGGGGCUGAUUUGUAGCAUUUACCAAUUUCCAUGGUGUGAAUUCUUCCACCAUGGCCGAUUUCAAACUACUAAUGAGACAUUAAUGCACAAUCAGCUCUGUUAGCUGGUAUGAAGUGGCUCCAGCAUAGUUCUCAGAAUCUCUCAAACUCAGAAUGCCUAUAGAUAUUGGCAAAUAGCCCUCUAAAGUAGCCCAACAAUGUAUACUUUCACAAGCAGCGUAUGAGAAUAUCUACAGUCAUGCUCUGCAUAAUGAUGUUGCAGUCAAUGACAGAUCACAUGUGUGACAGUGGUCCCAUAAGAUUAUAAUGGAGCUGAAAAAUUCCCAUCACUAGUGUCAUAACACAUUAUUCAUGUGUUUGUGGUGAUGCUGGUGUAAAUAAACUACUGCACUGCCAGUCAUAUAAAAAUAUAACACAUACAAUUAUGUGCAAUACAUAAUACUUGAUAAUAAGUGCGUUACUGGUUUAUGUACUUACUAUACUGUGCUUUUUAUCAUUUAAGUAUACUCUCUACUUAUAAAAAAAAAAAAAAGUCCUUUCCGCGCUACCUGCAGAGGGGUCCAUAUGGUGUUGUUCUGGAUUCCCGUCGUAACUUAAAGGGAAACUUUCACAAUGUCCAGAGCCCUUGAUGUCCUGCAAAUGAAGGAGGAGGAUGUCCUUAAGUUCCUCGCAGCAGGAACCCACUUAGGUGGCACCAAUCUUGACUUCCAGAUGGAACAGUACAUCUAUAAAAGGAAAAGCGAUGGCAUCUAUAUCAUAAAUCUGAAGAGGACCUGGGAGAAGCUUCUGCUGGCAGCUCGUGCUAUUGUUGCCAUUGAAAACCCUGCUGAUGUCAUCGUUAUAUCCUCCAGGAAUACUGGCCAGAGGGCUGUGCUGAAGUUUGCUGCUGCCACUGGAGCCACUCCAAUUGCUGGCCACUUCACUCCUGGAACGUUCACUAACCAGAUCCAGGCAGCCUUCCGGGAGCCACGGCUUCUUGUGGUUACUGACCCCAGGGCUGACCACCAGCCUCUCACGGAGGCAUCUUAUGUUAACCUACCUACCAUUGCGCUGUGUAACACAGAUUCUCCUCUGCGCUUUGUGGACAUUGUCAUCCCAUGCAGCAACAAGGGAGCUCACUCAGUGGGUUUGAUGUGGUGGAUGCUGGCUCGGGAAGUUCUGCACAUGCGUGGCACCAUUUCCCGUGAACACCCAUGGGAGGUCAUGCCUGAUCUGUACUUCUACAGAGAUCCUGAAGAGAUUGAAAAAGAAGAAGAGCAGGCUGCUGCUGAAAAGGCAGUGACCAAGGAGGAAUUUCAGGGUGAAUGGACUGCUCCAGCUCUUGAGUUCACUGCUACUCAGCCUGAGGUUGCAGACUGGUCUGAAGGUGUACAGGUGCCCUCUGUGCCUAUUCAGCAGUUCCCUACUGAAGACUGGAGCGCUCAGCCUGCCACGGAAGACUGGUCUGCAGCUCCCACUGCUCAGGCCACUGAAUGGGUAGGAGCAACCACCGACUGGUCUUAAGCUGUUCUUGCAUAGGCUCUUCAGCAACAUGGAAAAAUGGUUGAUGGAAAAUAAACAUCAGUUUCUAAAAAAAAAAAAAGUUAACUGUAAAACAACCUCAGGCAGGUCCUUCAGGAGAGAU